AUGUACGCGACUUCUACCACACAACAGGAGCGUACUUUUUACAUCCAUAAAGCUCCACUCAAAAAGACUCCAAUCGCUUGCACAGUCAUAUUCUCCGAUGAUUACGAGAUAAUGAAGAUCAACUUUAUGCUUGCGAGCGGAUUUCUCAAGCUUUUUUUCAUCUUCACUUACGUGAACUGCCAGGUCCACUUUUACGUAGACGCUGGCAACAGGCAAUGUUUCACCAAAGAUUUGAGCGUCGACUCUAUUCUCCUCGGCUCGUACAAGAUUGAAAUCCAAGACGACACGGGCCGUUUUGUUACCCCCAGGGAUAAAGCCAACACAGGGGUGAUCGUCGAUGUAGAGGAAGUAUUCUCCUCAAAUAAUAGAGUUGUCCACCAUAGAGGCUCAGUAUCCGGUAAAUUCUCCUUUAGUCCCCUUGAACUGGGCAACCAUCGCAUUUGCAUUACGCCCAAGCUGUUUUACCGCAAGAAAUGGCGAGAUGAUGACGCUGAAGCUCUUCAGGAGUCGAAGUUCAAAAGAGCACGUAUCAGUCUCGACUUAGGUGUAGGCGACUCGUCAAACGUAUUUCCUAAGCCCACAAAGGAUAUUGAGACAUUGACCUCUCGCAUAUUACUGUUGAUUGAAAAAGUGACAGACAUCAAACGGGAACAGAGUUUCAUCAGAGCGAAGGAGGCUAGUUUUCGAGACUUGCUGGAGCGGGCAUGCGAGAGGGUUGUUACGUGGCUGAUAGUCCAGGUAUCGAUUUUUGGCAUAGCUCUCCUUUACCAGUUGUGGACCUUGCUACGGUUCUACAUGAAAAGAAAGGUCCACGUAGAUUAA